CUGCCUCUUCCUCGGCCGAAAUCUGACGGAGGAUCGAUGCCUCUCAGGCGUGUCGCUGCCCUCCACAGGUACCGAGCAGACACUGCCCUCACAGCUGCAGGAGCCCCACAGCAUGCUGAACUCUGCAUGGAAGAAACAAAAAAGUUGUAGGACUUCUCCUCUCCUUCCUAUGACUCCAAAGAAGCCUCAGCAGUGGCUGCAAGUGGUCGGACAUGCAGGAAGCUUUCAUGUCGGGGAUUAUGGCACGCUGCUGAAGAGGUUUUGUGAGGGCGAGCAACAAUGCUACCUGAGGCUGAUGGAGGACACACUGAGGCCCUUUGUUCCACUCUACCACGGUGUAGUGCAGCACGGCGAGCAGGAUUACAACAUGAUGGAUAACCUGUUGACCCAUUUCAACACACCUGCCAUCAUGGACUGCAAGAUGGGCAGCCGCACGUACCUUGAGGAGGAGCUUGUAAAGGCUCGAGAACGGCCUCAGCCCCGUAACGACAUGUAUGAAAAGAUGGUUGCAGUGGAUCCAGAGGCCCCGACAGUUCAAGAAAGAGCGCAGCAGGCAGUGCUUAAAACCAGGUACAUGCAGUGGAGGGAGACGCUGAGCUCCACAGCAAGUCUGGGGUUCCGUAUUGACGGUUUCAGGAAAGCAAAUGGAGAAUGCCAGACGAACUUCAAAAGGACUAAAAGCAGAGAACAAGUGGUUGAAGCACUCGACAGCUUUGUUGAGUCGAACACACACAUUGUGUGGGGCUAUCUGAGGCGACUGAAACAGCUGCGACAGGUCUUGGAGUCAUCGCAUUUCUUCAAAACACAUGAGGUUGUGGGCAGUUCUUUACUGUUUGUACACGACUGGACUGGCAAAACAGGAGUCUGGAUGAUUGACUUUGGAAAGACAGUGAGCUUGCCACCGCACCAUACCUUGGACCAUCGCACUCCGUGGGCAGAGGGGAAUCGAGAAGACGGCUACCUGUGGGGUCUGGACAACCUUAUCGAUGUACUAACCAACAUGUUGCCAGUGACCUGAAAGCCUUUUUGAACAUGUGUGGAAAUUUGCUCUAAAUCGUUCCUUCAGCACUUCUAGUGAAUGACACAUGGACAACGUGGAAAUAAUUAUGUUGCCACAAUUUAGGGAAGGAAAUAAUGUUUUAGAGACUGGUUACAAUAUCAACAAAUACUGCAAGUAAAUACUUUCCAGAACAAAUUUUUAUCUGCAAAUCAGGCCCACAACUCUAGUGGAAGGAUCAUUAACGAUCCUUUGCCCUUCUACAGUGAAUUUAGUGCUGUUGAUAAUUAGACUUACCUGCACUGUGCCGGAGCCAAACACAGCCUCAGCAGACGUCUGACCCGACUGUCUCGGGAUGACCUGCUCACUAUUUCAGGAAACACAUGGCUCUACCAAUUAUAGGCUAAAAAUAUGGACGUCCCCUAUGACUUGAGAAAAUCGGUUUAAAUGUCACAUUGCGUCAUUACAAUGGUGCAAAGACUAUAAUGCUAAAAAAAAUAAGUGGUCUGUUUUUUUUCUGCAUUUUAUUCUUUUGUGUGUGAGAGAAAUUUGAAAAAUGACCUGAAGCUGAUUCAUUCGUCAACAGCAAUUAAAUAGAUUCAUGAUAGAUUCA